CCACCGCCGCAUCGACACUCCACUUCGAACCUUCAAACCAAACGACAAACGAAAAAACCUUAACGACUCCGAACGAACUCUUUGUGUGUGUGUUUUGUUUUGUUUCGUCGCGUCGUGUCGGUCGCCGCUCCUCCGCCGCGCCCGCCGCUUCGCCGUCACGGAAGAGGAAGAAGAAGAGCAAGAGGAGGAGAAGGAGGAAGGGUUUUACGCGGCGAUAACAGCGGAGACGACGAGGAGGAAGACGACGACCAAGACGAGUACGAGGAAAACUUGAGUGUAGUGACCGCGGAGCCGAGGACGAGGACGAGGACGUGAAGAAGAAGAAGAAGAAGCUAUGAAACUCCCUUUUUCCGAAGCUAGAGAGGGAGGGAAACAGACUGAUGGCAGUGCCAGCUUCCUGCGGGCGGCACGGGCGGGGAACCUGGAGAAGGUGCUGGAGUUCCUCAAGACCAACACAGACAUCAAUACCUGCAACGCCAAUGGGUUGAACGCACUGCACCUGGCCAGCAAGGAAGGCCACGUCAAUGUGGUGCGGGAGCUGCUGCAGCGCGGUGCCAACGUUGAUGCCGCCACCAAGAAGGGGAACACGGCUCUCCACAUCGCCUCCCUCGCUGGCCAGGAGGAGAUCGUGAAGGUGUUGGUGCAGCAUCAAGCCCUGGUCAACACCCAGUCCCAGAAUGGCUUCACGCCCCUGUACAUGGCUGCCCAGGAGAAUCAUGACAGUGUGGUUCGCUUUCUCCUCGCCAACAACGCCAACCAGAGCCUCGCCACGGAGGACGGGUUCACUCCCCUAGCAGUCGCCCUGCAGCAAGGGCACGAUAAAGUGGUGGCAGUGUUGCUGGAAAAUGACACUAGAGGAAAGGUGCGCCUCCCUGCCCUCCACAUCGCUGCCAAGAAGGAUGACACAAAGGCUGCUGCUUUGCUCCUCCACACGGAUCACAACCCUGAUGUCACCUCCAAGUCAGGCUUCACCCCACUUCACAUCGCCUCACAUUACGGCAACGAAAACAUUGCUAAUCUUCUCAUCCAACGUGGUGCUGAUGUAAAUUAUAUUGCUAAGCACCAGAUCACACCUCUGCAUGUGGCCUCCAAAUGGGGAAAAGGGAACAUGGUGUCUCUGCUGAUCGACAAAGGAGCUAACUAUGAGGCCAAGACCAGGGACGGCCUCACGCCCCUCCACUGUGCUGCAAGGUCCGGCCAUGAGGCAGUGGUGGACAUGCUCCUGGAGAAGGGUGCCCCAAUCACCAGCAAAACCAAGAAUGGCUUGGCUCCGCUACACAUGGCCUCUCAAGGUGAUCACGUUGAUGCUGCGCGAAUCCUCCUCUACCACAAGGCUCCAGUCGAUGAUGUCACUGUUGACUUCCUCACUGCUCUUCAUGUUGCUGCUCACUGUGGACAUGUACGAGUUGCAAAGCUGUUGCUGGACCGCAAGGCCGAGCCCAAUGCACGUGCCCUCAAUGGCUUCACCCCCCUACACAUCGCCUGCAAGAAGAACAGAAUCAAGGUGGUGGAGCUGCUCCUCAAGCACGGCGCCAGCAUCGAGGCAACAACAGAGUCUGGGCUGACUCCUCUGCAUGUGGCCUCCUUCAUGGGCUGCAUGAACAUUGUGAUCUACCUGCUCCAACACUCUGCCAUUGCUGACGUGCCCACCGUGCGAGGGGAGACGCCUCUCCACCUCGCGGCCCGAGCCAACCAGACCGACAUCAUUCGCAUCCUCCUGAGGAAUGGAGCACAGGUGGAUGCCAGGGCUCGGGAACAGCAAACUGCCCUUCACAUUGCAUCCCGCUUGGGCAACAGUGACAUUGUGGUGCUGCUCCUACAACACGGCGCUGCUGUCGAUGCCACCACCAAGGACCACUACACGGCCCUUCAUAUCGCUGCCAAGGAGGGCCAGGAAGAGGUGGCCAGCGUGCUGCUGGAGCAUGGCGCAUCCCUCACUUCCACCACCAAGAAGGGCUUCACACCCCUCCACCUGGCAGCCAAGUAUGGGAACAUGAAGGUUGCUCGCUUGCUGCUCCAGAAAGAUGCGCCGGUUGAUGCUCAAGGAAAGAACGGUGUCACUCCCUUGCACGUGGCUGCCCAUUACGACCACCAGAAUGUGGCAUUGUUGUUGUUGGACAAGGGAGCCUCUCCUCAUGCCACCGCCAAGAAUGGCUACACUCCUCUCCACAUUGCCUCCCGCAAGAAUCAAAUGGAUAUUGCCACCACGCUGCUGGAGUACGGUGCCAGCGCCAACGCUGAGUCCAAGGCUGGCUUCACACCGCUUCAUCUGAGCUCUCAGGAGGGUCACACCGACAUGGCCACACUCCUGAUUGAGCACAACGCUGCAGCAGGUGCUUGUGCUAAGAACGGCCUGACGCCACUACACUUGUGUGGCCAGGAGGACAGAGUCAAUGUUGCCGCCAUCUUAGUCAAGCACGGUGCUCAGAUUGACCCUGCAACCAAGGCAGGAUACACCCCGCUGCAUGUUGCCUGUCACUUCGGGCAGAUGAACAUGGUGCGCUUCCUCUUGCAGCACGGAGCCAAGGUUAACUCCACCACUCAGCUCGGCUACACACCACUCCACCAAGCAGCUCAGCAAGGCCACACCCAAAUUGUCAACUUACUGCUAGAAAACAAGGCUGAGCCCAACACGGAGACAAACGACGGCAAAACGGCGCUGAGCAUUGCCCAGCGUCUCGGCUACAUUUCAGUAGUCGAGACGCUUAAGAUUGUCACAGAGACCACCAUCAACACCACCACCACCACCACCACCGAGGAGAAGUACAAGGUGGUGGUGCCGGAGACCAUGCACGAGACCUUCAUGAGCGAAUCUGAGGAUGAGGGAGGUGACGACACUAUGGUCUCCUCCAUGUUCGGUAAGCCGCAGCACGUCACCCUCCCGUACUAUGAAGGACAGUUUCGCUACACCAGUGAUGACACAAUGCUGGGUGAUCAGUCUUAUCGUUACCUCACUGUGGAUGAGAUGAAGUCACUUGGUGAUGAUUCUCUCCCGAUUGAUGUGACAAAGGAUGAAAAGAUGGACAUGUCCUUUAGCAGCAACACCAUGGCAGCUCCUCCAGUGGCCCCGGCAGACCAACUCAGCCCCCAGCACCAGAAGGAACACUACAGUCAGAUGACGGCCAACUAUCCUGCCGACAACGUGGAUGUUGGCAAAGCACCAAUUCUUGCUGGGCCUGAGUCCCUGAACACCACCCUCAACACAACCAUAGACUCGGCCAUGAUCGAGGCACAGAUUGAGCCACAGAUCAUCCAGACCAAGUUGGGUUCUCAAGGUCAACAAAUGUCAGAACAGCAAAUGCUGCUUCAGAACAGCACAGACAUGGCCCAUGGUGGCUCUGGGUCAGAGAAGGCAACAGAGAUUCUCAAUGGGUGGGAAGGAGUGAGCCUGAACAGCCUGGCGUCUUGUCUGUCAUCUGGGACCAACGCCUCGGGCAUGUGGCGCGACAGGUUCUUAGUGAGCUUCAUGGUGGACGCCCGCGGCGGGGCCAUGCGAGGGUGUCGACACUCUGGUGUGCGAGUCAUCAUUCCACCUCGCAAGGCUGCCAUGCCCAUGAGGGUUACCUGCCGCUACCUGAAGAAGGAUAAGCUGGUUCAUGCCCCACCGCUCAUGGAAGGGGAGGCACUGGGAUCCUGCAUCCUGGAGAUGGGGCCAGCAGGGGCCAAAUUCUUAGGCCCUGUGAUCAUUGAGGUGCCGCACUUUGCCUCUCUGCGUGGGAAGGAGCGAGAGAUUGUCAUCCUCCGCUCCGACAAUGGAGAGACAUGGCGCGAGCAUACACUCGAGGCCACAGAGGAGGCUGUGCAGGAGGUCCUCAAUGAGAGCUUUGAUGGAGAGGAGUUGAAGCAGCUAGAAGACCUGAAUACCAACCGCAUCACUAGGAUUUUGACAACUGACUUCCCUCAAUACUUUGCCAUCGUGACUCGCAUCAGACAAGAGGUUCAUGCAAUUGGCCCAGAGGGAGGAAUGGUGUCAUCCACGGUGGUGCCGCAGGUGCAGGCUGUGUUCCCUCAAGGAGCUCUCACCAAGAAGAUCAAAGUUGGACUCCAGGCUCAGCCAAUACCAACUGACCUGGUGGCUAAACUCUUGGGUAACCGAGUUGCUGUUUCCCCCAUUGUGACGGUGGAGCCGCGCCGCCGCAAGUUCCACAAGCCCAUCACCCUCACCAUCCCUGUGCCCCAAGCCUCCAGCAAGGGCAUGAUCAACCAGUACUCUGGUGAAGCUCCCACCCUCCGCCUUCUCUGCUCCAUCACAGGGGUGUUUCGGAAAAGAUCUUUGAAAGGCGGCACAACGCGUGCCCAGUGGGAGGAUGUGACAGGCUCCACACCUCUUACGUUUGUCAAUGAUUGCGUCAGUUUCACCACAACUGUCUCAGCAAGAUUCUGGCUCAUGGACUGCAGCAAUAUACCUGAAGCUACAAAAAUGGCCACUGAGCUCUAUCGAGAGGCCAUUCAUGUACCUUUUAUGGCCAAGUUUGUGGUGUUUAGUAAGAGGCAUCAACUAGAAGAGGCAAGAAUGAGAGUGUUUUGUAUGACAGACGACAGAGAAGAUAAGACACUGGAGCAGCAGGAGCUGUUUGUUGAAGUUGCCAAGUCUCGUGAUGUUGAAGUUUUGGAAGGUAAACCACAGUUCCUAGAAUUUGCUGGAAACCUAGUUCCAGUAACUAAAUCCGGAGACCAGCUUGCCUUCAACUUUUACGCGUUUCGUGAAAAUCGCCUUCCAUUUACUGUGCGUGUGAAGGAUCAACAUGCAGAUCCUAUUGGGAGGGUGGCCUUCAUGCGGCAACCCAAGGAUGGGCGCUGGAAAAAGGCUUCACUAAUCAGCCUGAUAAAACCUACUGUGUUUCAGGUUGGGCGUGGUGAUCCCCCUCAAACCCCCAUCUGUAACCUCAACAUUGCCCUGCCUGACAACAUCCAACCCGAGCCUGCGCCCUCAGAGCCCGACCUCCUUGCCUUGGAGAAGAAAUAUUCUUUCUUAUCCAUUAGUAAAGCAGACACCAUACACAGGGCAAGCCUCCGCCUCACUGACAUCUCCAACAUGCUGGGCAAUGACUGGGUGGCUCUGGCACAUGAGCUGGAGAUCAGUGACUCUGACAUAAACAUCAUCAAGUCACAAUACCCAGACAAUGCCCCGCAACAAGCCAUUGUCAUGCUCAGACUCUGGAUGCAGACAGUAGGAAACAAGGCCACUGGGAACACAGUUGGAAAAAGUUUGCGGAAAAUCCACCGAGAAGACAUUGUGAAGCAGUGUAUUUACAACGUGGAGGUGGUCACCGAUGACAUCGAGAGAGCCAUGGCCAAGGCACACCUCGACCAGUCUGGCUUUGAGGCCUUCAAGGAUGAGCUCGGUCCAUCAAGAGAUGCAACACUCAACAGAGAUGUCUCCUUGGAUGUUUCUUAUGAUGAGCAGGAUAUGAUGAAGCGCUUUAAGGAAUUGAGGGAGGCUGAGAGUGCUGAGGAAGAGGAGGAGAACCAAAGAGCAUACCAUGACAAGAGCAGUCGGGAGCAGCACACAGCAGACUUGUCACCAACUUAUGAGAGUGAGGAGAAGAAAUAUGCUGGUGAGGAAAAGGUUGUCACUGAUGAGAAGGUGACAAAGGAAGAACCUGCUGAUGAUUCCACUACAUUCACUUCAUUGCCUGCAACAUCAACACCCAUCAAAAAGGAAGACAAGCUAGAGAAAGAUAAGCCAGAAAAAGCUCCAGAGCCAGCACAGAUUGAGACUUCAAAGGAUAAGCAUGAGCCUGACACUGUUCAAGACAGCAAAGAAGAGCUCAGUGUCACUGACCAGGUUAUUAAGGAACCUGUGCAAGAAUCAGUGGCUAAGGAGAGUGCUAUUCCCGAACAACCCGAAUUUUUGGAGAAAGAAGGAAUUCAGGAGAAAGAAACUGAAAAACCUGAAGCUGUCAGAAAAGAGGAUGAUAAGCCAGAAGUAUCACAAAAAGAGCCUGAAAAAGUUGUCACCACAACAACAAAAACGGAGGUCAUUAGUGGCCCGGGAGAUGUCUCAACUGUCACCACAGAAAGCAAAUCCUUUACAACUGCUGAUGAUGGAACAGUGCAGGAGCAUAUCAUUGUGAAGAAGCAAACCACAAAAGUUGUUGAUGGAAAGGAGAUGGAAGAGGACAAAUCAGCCAUCCUCCAAAAACUUGGAGAAGAACUUGGCAAACUGGAUGAGCAGCUGGAGGAAAAGUUCAAGAAGAGAAAAGCUGAGAAACCAGAAGUGUUACAAGAGGAGGUGAGGGAGGAGGCAGUAGUUGCACAGCGGCGUGAGGGCCAGACCCAGCCCACCUCACAGGUUGUGGUAGAACAUGGCUCAGAGCCAACCACUCUCCCAGCUACCACAACCACAACAACCACCAGCAUCACUCCCACCCCAGAUGGUUUCACUCAGGCGUCUGUAGAGUCCAGCCAGAUGUCCUCCACACGGGGCACCGCUGAUGUGAGCUUUCCGGGUGCUGACGAACCUCUGAAGCAGCUUGAUGGAGCCUUAACCCAGCAGAUGGUGCCCCGGAUAGAGGAUGGCAGGAUAUCUCAUGAGGACCCAUCUCAGCAACCUUCUUACAAUGCAAUGGAACACUCUCAAGAUAUACCUGCCUUCAUACCCGCUGACCCUGCACAGAGUAGCCGGACGGAGGAGCGAGGCUGCAGCCCAAUUACUGUGUUGGAGGCAAGGCAUAAUGCAGAGCAAGUAGUAGAGAAGUCACACUCUAGAGGAAGUUCCCACACCAUUACCACCACAACAAGCUGGGGUUGUCCUCUCUCAGCAACAACUAACAUUCAGAUUGAGGAUGAAAACUCGCCACAGUGCCUGCAGUUCACCUUACAUUCAGAGAGCCGUGUCACCCUUCAUGCCCCAGAGGAUGUCAUACAGGAGUUACAGCAUCUCAAGCAGCACCAAGAGCAAAAGCAACCACAGCAGUUUAGUCCAACGCCAGAUGAAGGAAAAGGUCAUGAUGAGGCCUCAAAGCUUGCGGGUUCAGAUCAACCUUGUGACAAAACUCAAGAACUAGAAGAGAGUUCUGGCAAAUUAAAAGAUAGAGAUAUCCCUAUAGGCUCUUUAAAAGAAGCUAAAGAGAUAGAAACUCAGAACCUGAAACAUAGCUCUGCCCAGGAUGACACUGUGUGUAGUCAAGUAGAGUAUAGUGAUCCAGGUUCUUUUAAUCAAGCUGAAAUUAUACCCUCUGAAGUGGCUAGAGUGGAAGAGACAUCAAUAGGUGAUCAAACUUCAGAAGGAGUCUCUUGUUCUGUUCAUCAAACAAUAUCCCAAAAAGAGGAGAGUGAAGAGGCAAGGGAGGUGGAAAUGCAAACCCUUGAAAGAUUAGAUGAUAGUGAAGUCCCAGUAGCUUUAGUUGGUGAUCCAUACCAAACAACAGAAGUUACACCGUCCUCAGCACACCGUCCAACGACACUCAUGAUAACUUCGAACUCUAACGAAUCAUCCGACGAUGCAGAAUGCACAACGAACGACCCUGCCAGAUUUGGCAGGGAAAACGACCCUUCUCAGGAACCCGAGCAAGAAGGAAGUAUGGCAGGCAGAGAAGAGUCAAAACAGGAAGAAUUGGACAAGAGUGAGCCCUCAGCAGUGGGUGAACGAGUUUCAGGUAAUGAGAGUGGUGCCGUGCCUCGCCUUGAGCGUUCUGUGCGCUCCUCGCCUCGCACCACCACUUUGGUCAAAGUUAAGGUGGAAAAGAGGCCAGUGGGAAGCCAUUCCCAAGUGCGAGACCGGAACUCUCAUGACCACAUGACAAUAGUUCGUGCCCCUUCUGUAGAGGAGGAGGUGCGUGGAUUGAUGCAGGAAGUGAAGGAAGCCACUAGUCAGAUCAAGCAGGAAGUGAAAGAAUUGCGGCAGGCAGACACACCCACUCCUGAUACUCCUACUCCUCUCAGGGAGUUCAAAGAAUUCCUUAAUCGAGAAGAGGAGCAGGAACAGGAGCGUUUACCCACAAUAAAGGAAAUGUGCCGUGAGAGUGAAGAAGAUCCUGCUGCUGGUAUGGGAGCACCUAGUAUCUUUGGUAAACGACCAAGAAUAGAAUCCUUCUUCUACAAAGGUUUUUUCCUUCCGUCAGGGACCCAUGAGGCAAGCCAGCCUACUGAGCAGCAGACAUCACUUCCCCAGGAAGAAGCUGCCUCCAGCCACCCUACUUCAGGCCCCAAGGCAGGCUCAGACGGUGGCCUUCAUGGUGGUUGUCCUGAAGCACAAGGCAUGGACUGGGAGGGGAAAAGUGUAGACAGCAUGUUAACUGAGACUGUGAUGCAGGCUAGACUCUCCAUGCUCCCUGCAGUGGACACCAACGAGGGUGUUGCCCUCCCCUCACAACCUUCCUCUACCUCUCCUGCUGUUGCCUCAACACACUUAUCCUCUCCUCUUGGUCCAAAUUUACCCUCUCUCACUGCCAAACAGCCCCAGGCUUCAUCCUCACAAGAUCCCUCAGAAAAUAAAUCUCAAACAUUUUUACAUCUUGAUCCCUCUCAUCUGCAUGAUUCUAAUUAUUUUGAACCUCAGGGCUUUGAUGUAUCUCCAUCUUCUGCAACUAAAUUAUCAGAUUCUAUUUUAUUAGAGAAAGGUUUAGUUUGUGGUGCUGAAGCUAGUACUGUUAGCCAUCUUGUGGCCUCUCCCUCAGUUGCUUCCCUGCAGUCUGAAAGCUUUGCACCAUUUGCUGCGACAGAAGAAGCGGGUGCUAUGAGUGUAACUUUCAAUACAAGCAGUGCCAUGAUAUCUAUAGGGCCAAUAUCACCCACAGAAAAUUCUAGUGAAGACCAUGCCGAAAUUGACCGAACAAGUACAGAAGUAUCCCCAGACAGUGUCCGUUUUGACCAGGACAUCCUUGAUACCCGGACAGAAGACGAAGCCCCUGACCUGGAUGACGACCUGGUCCCCAGCUCACCCGUUCCAGGACAGGAACUUAGUGAAAGAUUGUUCUCUAUUGAGGCCACUGAAGACACUGACAUAACAACACCAAUGGAAAUGAGAGAUUCUCACACUGAGCGAGACACCUCUGCUUCUAACCUUAUUGAGGAUAAAGAAGCUGUAGAUGAGAAAGCAGAACUCUUAGAACCUCCUCCCGUUCCUGAUAAAGAGGAAAACAAUGCCUACUUAGUACAGGAAGUCAAUGACAUAAUUAAUAAAGUGAACAGAUUGCAAGAGCAAGUGAAAUCUAAAGAAAUAGAUCCAAUAACAGCACGAUCAGAAAUUAAGGUAAUUCUGAACACAUUAGAUGAUGUCAAGGAAGUUAUAGAAGAAAGCAAAAUUGAGGAUGACUCUGAGGCUAACGUAUUGGGUCUUGACAUACUUUCAAAUAUUGAAUCGGUAGGAGAAAUGGUAAUGCAGAUGAUGAAAGAGUUACAUCUUGCAGAACCUGAGCAUUCAGACUUUUGGACCAAAGAUGACACAAAAGCACCCCACAAAACUGAGCAUGCAACAGCUGAAGCUGGCUCCAUUGAAGACAGGAGCCCCUCCACUGCAAACCAGCUUGAUCAAAGUUUCUCUGAUCUGCUAGACUCAGAAGAGUAUAAUCGGGACAGCCUUGAGGACGAAUUUGACCGACUUGCAGCUGAUCUCAGUUCUCCUCCAAACUCUGACAAAAUUCAAUUCUUGCCAAAAGCCACUGGUGCUGCUACUGCUCCUUCUAAUAAUCUAUCUCUUCCUGCCUCUUCUAUUGUUCAUCCUCCCAUACCUCCUGAUGCUUUUCAGGCCACACAACCGGAAUCAGAUGUGGGAGUGGUGUUUACAGAACGUAAAGAGUAUGGGGGCGGGGUGAAGCCAUCUGCAGAGACGACAGGCGGACACUCGCACAUUUCACCCUCACCUUUCCCUCAUCCUUCCCAGAGCAUCCAGUCCUCAUCCUCUGCCUCAUUCCAACAAAAACUUCCUAGCACAACUUCUGUUAAUAUAGAGGACAGUCAGAGCUCUCAGAGUGAAUCCCAUGUUCCCAGUAGUAGGCCAAGCAGGAGGCAUGAACGCACAUACUCUCAGGCAACCAAUAUCUUUACCGGAGCAAUUCCUACUGAAACAAAACCAGAGUCAAAGAAAGUUGAAGGCAUUACAGAAGAAGAACAAGUAGGCAUAACUGAGGACAUUAAGCCAUAUUCUGAGCGCAAACAGUUUUGGGAGACUGUUACAUCCCAGUCCUUUGAGUCAAAAAACAACCAGCUGUUGAAAAGUGAAACAGAAAGUGACACAGAUACAGGUACAGAUGGAACUGUUUUAGAACAAAAAGUUAAACAAACAAAAGUCUCAUCAGCAGAAAGCAAUGAUUCUGAGACAGAGUACCUCGCUCAUGUAGAUGACCCGAGAUAUUAUGAAAAUGCAGGUUUUGCUGGAACAGAACAAAUUGAUGAAGCCACAGAGUCAGUAAGAGAGAGAACUAUCAGUCCUUUUGAAGUUUUACGAACAGAAGGACCGUCAGCAGAGUUACCCUCACCUGAAGACAUAGCAUAUAAGGAUGUGUCUUCCAAGAGGGCUCUAUUUGAAAAGGAAAUAAAGAGGCAGUCAAUGGAAAUAGAAGAGAGUCAGUCAUGGAAGAGAUCUUCAAAGGAAUAUGAUGAGACAGUGGUUGUAUCAGAAGAGUCUGCAUCAAGUACUUUGAAAAAGAAGGAAGAGAGAGAAAGUAAAAUCAGUGAAACAAUUGAAAAAGAUAAGGAAGUAAAGAAAAAAUUUGAAAGUAAAAAAGAUGAUCUAUCGAAAACAGAUUUCAAGACAGAAAUUACAUCUAAAAGUGACAAAACUAGUAGCGUGGAAGAUCGAUCGGAAGUGACAGAGUCUUCCAAAUUGCACCAGGAAAAAAUGCAGAAAAAAGAAGAAAAAAUAACAUCUGAAGUCGGGGCUUUAGGCAAAUCAGUAACACAAAGAGAUGCCUCCACUGAAAAAAGGGAAAAAGAAACUUCUGAGAAAGAAGCAAAAAUAGUCCAUGAAAAGAUAGAUAGCCACAGUAGAACAUUUUCAAAAUCAAUUUCAAAGUCUGAGGAAAAAACUGAAAGCUCUUCUGAAGCCAAAGAAACCGUCCAUACAUUAUCAACUGACGAUCAAGACACUUCUAGAGAUGAAAUGACCGAGGAAGACAUUACCCGAGCUGAGGAAACAUCCGAGGAGGAGCCCGAAGAAGUGCUCAAGAGCGAUAAAACAACAGUAGACAUUACUGAAGAGUCCCGCCAGUUAGGGGACACUCGAGAGACCAUUGUCAGGGAAACAAAAACCACUAGAGAAGGUGACCAAGAGCAAAGAGUCAUCAAGGAAACAAAAACUCAAGAAACUGCAAUGGCUGAUGGCUCAACCAUCAAAACUACCUCAAUCACAACUUUUACAACUCAAUUAGAAACCAAGGACCAAGAGGAACCUAAGGUGUAUAGUGCAAAGACAGCAAAAGAAAAGGCUGAGGCAUAUAUAAAACAGCGUAUGAAGUCUGACAUAUUUUCAGAGGAACUUUCAUCUUCAGCAGAGGAUCAGAGUCCAGAACACAAAGUAUUGACUCCAAAAGAUACAAUAGCCCCUGUGUCUCAAGCCCCUACACCCCGUCCCUUGUCAAGCCCAAUAUUAGUACCAGAAGAAAACAUUGAAGAAGUAGUGUGGGAGGUGUCUCAAGAACGAUCUGAAACGGUGUUGUCCGAGACUGUAGAGGAUAUCCCUGUCCAACAGUCCUACCAAACGCAGCAUGUUAGAGAUAUGUCAUCUGAGGAAUCAGAAGAAAAAGCAAUUCCAGAACCAUCUGCUGAGUCAAGCAAGCAAAAGUUGAGUGAAGAAGAGGCACGGAAACUUGCAAUCGAAAUAGUAGAGGAAGUAAAAUCUGAGGCUGUGAAACGAUCCCCUCUUGUCACCCCAUCACAGACGUUAAAAGAAUUUCCACUUGAAUCCGAGGAUGCCGCUGAUAGAAUUGCCCAAUCACCAUUGCCCAUUCCCAUCCCUGAGUCUGCAUUUACUGCUGAAACAACAUCAAAAAUUGAAAAAUACAUUCAGGAGCAGCUAGGAGAUGAAGUAGAUGAAAAACAAUUGAAACUGAUAGAGUCUGUGACUGCAAAGAAGACUGAAUUGUUACACAGAAAGCUUGUAGGAAGCCAGUAUCAGCAGAGCAUGGAAAUAACAGAUGAAGACUUGCGAUCUAGUGGAGCUGAACUCUCCCCAAUUGAACAUCACAUGGAGCGUUUGCGACAAAUGACCGAGGAGGAAGACACCCAGAGGUACGCCAGGGAGCCGUCAGAAGCUGAUGAAAGUGAGAGUUCCAUAAUCAUUCACGAUACAGUUGAUGAUGUUGUAUCAAGUGAAUAUGAUCAGGCUACUCAAAUGAUAUCAAAAACCUUAGACACCCUAAAAACAGCAGAUAUCAGUAGAAUUGAAAGACCCAUAGAUACCAUAGAAGAAUUGCCUGAAACUCCUGUUCUACCUGUGAUUGUGGUUAGGGAGCGGAAGAUGUCAGAAGUUCAAGAAGUAGCUAGGUUUAGUGAUAGUGACAUUAAAGAAACUGCAAGGAAAAUUGUAGAAGAGGUGACAGAGUUGGCUAAAGAGUCUGAGGCAGUGAAGCAGGCAUCUCUAGCAUCCGAUCACAAAGCGCCAUCAGAAGGCCAAGACCAGGCUAGGAGCUGCAGCCCAAAAUCUGCUUCCAAGCCGGGAUCAAGGAAAGGUUCAUGGAUGGAUAGUGAAGACCUGACCAGAGAAUUUCGGAAAGACUAUGAGGAUAAAAAAAAAAUGUUCAAGGAAGAAAUGACUUCCGAUAAACCAGACGUUUUUGAUGCAAAAGAUGAUUCUGUAAAGGUGAAGCAUCAAAAGAGCAGCGAGUCACAAAAAGAGGCCCACAUGGAAUCAAGUAUGACAGAAAGCAUGGAAGAGUCAAGUACUGUUGAAAGUAUUCGCUCCAUUGAGGGGAAACUGAGGCAAGAAAUUGUGCCAGAAAUUAGGGAAGGAGAAGUAGAAAAAAGGUAUGAAGAACGAUCUAGUAGUAGCCAUGAAGAAGUAGUAAUGAGGAAAAAAACACACGUAGAAGAAUUUAGCAGGCGAUCGGGAACAGAUUUUGAUGCUUGCUCAAGUUCAGGGGAGAGUCACUAUUUCACAGCGGAGGGAGGAACCUCAGAUAGUCGUACUGCCAGUAGACCGUGUUCUUCUGAUGUGGAAGCAUUACUGUCGGAGCGCACUGGCACCUCAGAGUAUGACACUGCACUCACCUCACAGGACACAUCACAGUAUUCUAGUUACUCAUCCUCAUCUCGUGAAUAUCGCACUGCUGCAAGUUCCAUGAGUUCACGAGAUUCCAUGAAAUCAAUAGACUCGGAGAGUUCAGGGAAUCUUGCUAGUGUAGAGCUGAGUGAGGCCUCUGAGACACUGGUGCCCUCAGCCAUGGAACUUGAGAGAGAUAUGGACCUUUUAGAUCAAGAGAUUAUGGAGGAAGAUCAGUCUCAUUCUACUCAACCUCAUCAUUCUGUAGUUCCACAGCUAACAGUGCAAUCUGAUACUCCAAAAUCAGAAGACCUACCAAGUCCCUUUGAUGUGGAGUCAGAUGAAGGAGAUUUUGAGUCAGAAGAAGCAAGAGACAGUGAGCCCCAUGUUGCAUCAAGGAUGAAAAGAUCACUAGAGAUGACAUUUCACCCAGAGCCUUUACCCAUUGCUGCAGCAAAGAAGUCUACUGCAACAGAGAGUGUAGCAUCUAGUUUAGAAGAAAGCACUCUAUCUGAUAUGUCUGUUGUAACUGUUGUAGAACAAGAAAGGGGUCAGCGUAGUCCACAUUCCACUGAGUCUAGUAUGACAGCUUCAGGUGUGUCAGAGCAAAUGACAUCAUCAUCUGAGGGCAGAGGCGCUGAACACCAAAUUACUCGCACAGAUAGCGGUGUUCUGACCACUGACACUGGCGAUGAAGACAUGGCCUUGCAUUCUGUAACAAUUACAGCGACAUCCGUUCCAUCAACAUCAGAUCAAAACACAGCUUCGAUGUGCACACAGGUAACAUCUGAGACACGCUCUCAAGCAGAACUUACAGAGAGUGAGCAGUUUUUUCACGCUAAUGGACCCACUGAAGUAGAUUACGUGCCAGAGUACGAUGAUGAAGUAAGAGGUAUGCGGCCAGUUGUAGCCCCUGUGGUGCCCCCCGUUCAGGAGGCAUCAGGAGCUGUAGCUGGCCCUUCAGAGGGCCCACAGAAAGUCUCAAUUGUUGAAGAGUGUUAUGAAACUGAAGCUGACCAAGAGUAUGGUCAAAUGAUGCGAGAGAGCGAGUAUUCAGAUAUGGCAGAAGCAGAGCUACAGUAUUCUUUGGAGGAACAGCCAGAAGCUGAAAUGAGUAGCAUGUUAGCCAUUGAAGAACCCAUUGAAAGGCCAAAAACACCAGAGCCAGGUCAUGUUCCUUCAUCCCGUCCUUCUCACAUAGCCGCCCAGUCUCUUGAUGAACCCGAAGAGUUUACAGAAGUUGACAAGAGAUUUAGUGCUAUAUUUUCUACUACUUACGAGGAGAGAGAAGAAGGUGCUCGGUCUUUAGUACCAGGUCUGAGUGUUGAUAUUCCAGACAUAAGAGUCACAGAACACACACUACCCAUGCCCAGUCAGUAUUGUUAUCCAGAUCUUGAAAGAGAGGAAGACUUUCCAGAGUGCCAGGUACAUGCUGAGCCAGACACAAGUGGCCAAGAUAUCCCAGCCACUCCUGGAUCCCAAGAGUCAGCCUCCACCUGUGCCUCUCGAAAAUCAUCUUCAACUGACUCAGAGCAAGGUCGUGAAUACUGCCUUGAUGACACUGCACAAGGACUUCCAUUUGAGUCUUUUGAAAUGGUUGAGGCUGGUGACAUUGACGACUUUUUAGAAUAUGAAAAAACACUCAGGAUGCAUGAGAAACGCAUGUUAGAAAUGUCCCAAAUACAAGAAGAGGAAGAGGAGGAAAUUGAGGCAGAACAAAAGGUUCAUACAUCACCAAUUCUUAUACCUAGCCAGUUAAAGGCUGUUAAGCUUGACACAAAAGGUGCAAAGAGUUCUGACUCUCAAAGUCAGGUUUCUGAUGAUGGCAGUGAAGAAGCAGACACAACCAUUGAGGAACAGAGACGUUGGUUAGAGCUUCAGUUUGAAGAAAGUAAUGUUGCCAACUUUGAGUAUUCUCAGCCCCCAUACAUGCAACAUGUGUAUUCUGGGCCUCUAGAAGAUAUUGAGGAAGAGAGAGAAGAUGCUGAGCGCAAAGAUCUUUCACACGUUGCAAAGGGUUCCUCAUUGUCCUCAACUCCGGAGUAUGAUGUUUUAGCUGGAAGGAAAUUUUUUACUCGUAGUGGAGAGCAUGAUGAUGUGUCGAUGAGUUCACUUCAGGAGUUUGAGAAUCUUGAGAGAGCAGUUGCAGUAGAAGCUGUAGCAAGAAGGGCAAGUUCAGGUUCACAGGAAUCUCUAAAUGGGAGGAAACCAGAGGGUAAGAGUGGACAAGGUGAUGACAUUUCUGUUGGAUCAUUUGCCUCACUCCAAGAAUUUGAAAGGUUAGAGGAAGAAUGUCUAGUGGCUGAGGAGACUGAAACGAAAGCUAAAGAAGAAGAGGCAAUGUUAUCAGAAAUUGAAGAGGGUCAUGAAAGUCAAGUGUCUGAAUCUGAGAGCUGUGAGACAUUAUCAGAGCCUGGUCGAGUAUCUGCCGAUGGUGAGGAAUAUGACCAGAGAAUGUUUGAAAUUGACGAAAUAAUACGUCAAGCCCAAACCAACGUAGAGAAGUUUGACAAGUCCAAGGCUACAUAUGAAGGAGUUAAAUUGCAGGAUCUUGUAAGUGGUGGAAGCAGCCAGGCUGACCGAACUCCCAGUGUGGGAAGGGAAGAGGGAGAUGCUGACUCUUUAGAGGAGGCUCAGCUGCCAGAAUUAGAUUUAGACCACACAGUUCCUGAAGCAGCCACUUCUUCUACUAAGCAGGAUGUGAUGGCUCUCAGCACUGAUAGUAUCGAAGCAUCAUCAAGACAAAAACUCCCUCGAGAAACAAGUCAGGAUUCCCUGGAAAAAGUGGGAGCACGCACCUCAGACCCCAUGGCCACCAGUGUUGACAGCAUUGAUAUGGCAAGUCGGCGCGAUCCCAUGACCACAAGUGCGGACUCCCUUGAGGGUCGCCGUAGAGGACAAGAUCUCAUGUCAGCAUCUACCGACUCUAUUGACCCUUGCCGGCGUGAUGUCAUGGCCACGAGCAUCGACAGUUUGGGUAGGGAUGAUUCCAGUGGCCGAGAUGCUGACAUAAGUUCAGGUAGUGAGCAUGUACGGCCGCUUCCCAGAGAUGGUUUGAUGGAAUGCAGCGCUGACUCCCUGGAACUGACCUCAUCUCAGGCAACUCAUGCCAUCUAUCACCAAUAUGACACCGACUCUGUAAUGUCCGGCUCUUUCACCAGCGGAUGCUCCACCACUUUGGCAGCCUCUUCUGAAGAGUUUCCAGACAUGAUGACAUCUUCCAUGUACCUACCUGAAGGAGAAUUACCCCCUCUUGAAGGUGAUAUGCACCACACUCAGUACAUGCACACCAGUAGUGGUUCAGCAGCUGAGAGAGUUGGCCCGUCCUCUGAGCCUGGGUUCUCUCAUUCAGUCACCAGAGUUGUAAAGUUGCCCCCAGAAGCCCAUCAAGUUACCUUCACUGGGCCUGAUGCCAAAAAGAAACUUGAAGACUACAUCAGGGGAUUCAAUGCAGGACAACAUUCCGUUCAAGAUGAGACUGUUGACGAGCAAGGGAACGUUCACAUCCGCCGGGUAACUCAGACACGCAUUGUUGCCGAUCCUGAGAGGACACAGGAACAUGGGUUUUCUGUAUCAGAACCAAGCAGUGUGGAAACUGAAGUGUGUGACGAGUAUGGCAAUGUGACUCGUGUCAUUCGCCGCACUGUCGUGACUAGUCAUACAAUAGAAGUUGAUCUUGAUACAGGGGAGCCCAUUGUCCAAGCCAGUUCCUCAUCUCCUUCUGCCACAUCUUCUACCUCUGCCUCCACCUCCACCACCUCUACCUCCAGUCCUUCCACGUCCCGAAUACCUAGACCUGUCACCAGUCCUCCUCAAUCCCGAUCCCAUCCCCCUGGUCCGCCCCCUGGGUUGCGCGGCCCCUGUGAGCCUGUCCCCCCCUCCCUGGAGCCCAACACAGUAUCAGGUUUAGAAGUGGAAGAGAUGAGCAGUGUGAUGGAGAGUUAUGCCAGUGAUGGUAAUGACCCCAUUACCACUACUCAUAUCACCAGGUAUGACCCUGACCCUUUACCCACCACCACCUCCACUACCACCACUACCACCAGGGUCAUCAGGAGAACGAAAGAAGAAGAUGGGAAAGUGAAGGAAGAAGGAGCAUUUUUUGAAGAAUAUUGAGGAGGACAUUGAGAAGGAAUAUAUGAAAAAGUUUGCAAGUGCUGUUCCUCUCAGUCCUCCUUGUUUGUCCACCUGCCUUCUCACAUGCUAGUAAGCUGCAGUUACUAUUGCCAGCAGGACCAACUCCUCCAACCCUCCAACACUUACAAAUUUAGUUUUCUGAAAUUUCUCAUUUUCAUGUUCACCAUCAUGUAGUAGAGUACUGCCGCCACAUGUGGUGUCUUGGCUCUCAUCUACACUCUCCAUUUGUCUUUAUCUGGAGAGGAAUGUCCUAAAAAGAACAAGCCAUAAAAACUAAAUGGCUAUGCAGUGUAAGUGACAUUGGUUGUCAUAGGAUCUAGUCAGGGCAGAUUCAACAUGAAAAUACUUUUAAUAUGAGUGAGAAGUUUUAAUGCUUACCUUUUGUGUAUUGAUACAGAUAGUAUUAAAAUCCAUCAUUAAUACAAUUCUAAGAAAGCCAUUUUUAAAAGAUGUUUGUGAAUGAUCACACAGUGUAAAGGUGCACACACCCUCUUUCAGCUGUCAAGGUGUUUUUAGGUUAAGGUAUGUUCCCCUUGUGAUGUGGCAUGUUUCAUCCUAGUAUAUUAUAUAAUUACCACUACUUACUACUAAAGACAUGUCAAGUACCAUUGCUAAAUCAAUAGCCACAGGAUGAAAUAGGAGGCCAAGGGUUUAAUAGAAGCUAUGUAAUCAUUUUAAUAUUCAGGCUCUUAGAAUGGUAGAAUAUUAUUGUGGCUUAUAAACAUCCAAUUAUGGGCAUGUUGAUUGUAAGAUAGCUGGAAUAUUUACUCAUCAGAUUGAUUUAUCUUCCCACAGAUUGUAUUUCUCAUGUCAACAUUAGUUUCAAGAUAGAUUUUCUUGAGCUCAGCAUGGAAUUGUAAUACAGUCCUGAGGAAUUUAUCAUAAAUUGUAGCAUUACUCGACUUUUAGGUCAGAUCUGUUCUUGCCUUGUUCCCCCUCAUGGUCAUAACUGGAUGAAAAAUAUGAUAAUGCCUUAGCACCUACUUCUAGAUUAUUCUCUGGCCAACAGUUGUUAUCUCUUUGUUCCCUUGAGUUGUGGCCUUGACUUAGGUUACCAGCUGAAAGAAGGGCCACACUGAGACAUUUCUAUGGCCCACUCUCAGUCUAGUGUGCCUAAUGCAAGACUCGGUAGCCCCAAGUAUUGUGGUCACUUAUCAAGUUUUCAAAUAAAUGCUUAAUGUGAA